AUGGGUGACACAGGGGCAGCCAUAAUGCCACGAGGCCUUUUGUUAAGGCCACGACAACUUACUUUUUUUGACAAAUAUAGCCCUUUGGUAAACUUAGCAAGAAUUGAGAAUUUGGUAGACAAUUUCAUGGCUCUUGCAGCCUUCUAUUGGGUAAUGCAGCCUUAUGCAGAGUGUCACGGGCCAACUUGUGCGCAUCUUAGAGCGUCCGUAGGGAUUUGGUGGGGAUUUGGGUAUUCUUCCACCACCAAGGAACACAAAAUUGUUCUCUUUGGAUCAGCAUUGCCAAACACUCGUCUUUCUCUUGGUUCCUUUGAUAUUGGGUCUGAAAAAUUCAGAGGUUGGCGCUGUUCGUUCGGUGAGAUGCGCAAUGAACUUAACUCUGGACGUAACAGAAACAGAGGGAUCAAGGCCAAGAAAAUAUCGGCCAGAGUCUCAAAAUUCACCGAUCUUAUACAACACAACACGUUGUCGCCAACUGCUUGCUCCACCCCUUCUCUGCCGACCGCCAGAGAACCUGUCGAGAUCGGUGUCGUACCGGGAGGAGGAGCUGCGACGGGCACAACUACUUCUUCUCCGACAAAGGAUUCUAGUGCCAACAAGGAAUGGCCUUCGAGAUUCGUUAACCAUAGCCUCGACCUCCACUCGAGCCUCAACCAGCCACCGCUGCCGCCGCCUUACACGGCUCCUCCGUUGUCGUCGGUCACGGUGCAGCCGACCGGUAGAGGGUUUAGAGCUAGUGCUUGCCGACUGGAUUUGACGCGGGGGGGACUUAGACAGGUAAAAGGAUACAAAACUGGGCCGGCUUGGAAGAAGCCCUUACGCUGCGAAUUACGCAUUCGUUGUGCUGGGCAAAUAGCCCACCGACCACCGUUGAGAUCAUUAUCUGCGGAGUCGAACAAUAGAAGCAGUCGCUUCCGAAAGGACAGAGACAUGGCAGCAACGUUAUCCUCAGCAAUUCUUCCUUCGGCAACCUCUAAUCCCACCCUGAAAUUAUCAGUCAAUGGCAUCUUUCGAGGAAAGAAAUCAUACGCACUUCCUCUAUUUACGGGUCAGUUAAAUUUUCAUUUGGGUUUUCCUUCAUAUGCAUUUAUGGACUGUCCCACAGGCCUUGGUGAGAAAAACAAAGGGAAUUACCACAAGAAAGGUUCAUUUGUUUGCUUAGCAGUAAAGGGUAGUGAAUCAACAAUCCAAACCACACAUAAGAAUUCCAGAAAAUCCCAAAGAAAAAGUGAUGAAAAACUAAUUUUGAGUGAAGGGAGAGACGAGGAUGAGAAGUAUGGGACAAUUUGCCCUGGUUGUGGAGUUUUUAUGCAAGAUAAGGACCCAAAUCUUCCUGGGUACUUUCAGGAAAGAAAGGCUGAAGUGAAACAGUUAUUAGAAGAUGAGGAGGUUGGUUUUGAAGAGUUUGAUAAGGAGGAAGAAGAUGAGGAGGAGUUUGAUGAAGAGGAAGAAUAUGAGGAGGAGGUUGGUUUUGAAGAGUUUGAUGAAGAGGAAGACGAUGAGGAGGUUGGUUUUGAAGAUUUUGAUGAAGAGGAAGAAAAAGAGGGCAUUUUGGAUGAAGUCAAUGGUAAUUACGACAAAAGGGUUGAGGUAGAGGGGAAUUUGAAAAAUAAGAAGGGUAUUUAUUGGGAUAUGGAAGACUGGGAAUCAGCGUUUGAAGACGAAGAUGAUGAUAGUGAUGACUUAGAUGGUUUUUUGCCGGCUGGUGUGGGUUAUGGGAAUGUAACUGAAGAGUCUAUUAGCAAGGGAAAGAAAAAGAGGGUGUCAAAAGCAGAGAGGAAGAAGCUGGCUAGGGAAGCUCAGAGGGAGAAAGAAGAAGUCACGGUUUGUGCUCGGUGCCAUUCACUGAGGAAUUAUGGGCAAGUGAAGAAUCAGACAGCUGAGAACUUGAUACCUGAUUUUGAUUUCGAUCGGUUGAUCACUACCCGGUUGAUGAAACCUGGAGGCAAUGCCGAUGAAACUGUGGUGGUUAUGGUUGUUGAUUGUGUUGAUUUCGAUGGGUCAUUUCCUAAACGAGCUGCAAAGUCUUUGUUCAAGGCAUUGGAAGGAAGUAGAGAUGGUCCGAAAAUUAGUAAGAAGAUGCCAAAGCUUGUUCUUGUGGCAACAAAGGUUGACCUUCUGCCGUCUCAAAUUUCCCCUGCUAGGUUAGACAGAUGGGUUAGGCACCGUGCAAAGGCUGGAGGAGCACGUAAGUUGAAUGGAGUGUAUUUGGUUAGCGCUCGAAAGGAUACGGGUGUGAGGAAUGUGUUGGCAUUCAUAAAGGAGUUGACGGGCCCACGUGGCAAUGUUUGGGUCAUUGGGGCUCAGAAUGCUGGUAAGUCUACAUUGAUUAAUGCAUUUGCUAAGAAACAAGGGGUGAAGGUCACAAAACUUACGGAAGCUCCAGUCCCUGGGACAACGCUUGGGAUAUUGAGAAUUGGGGGAAUACUGCCGGCCAAGGCAAAGAUGUAUGACACCCCUGGGCUUCUUCAUCCGUAUUUGAUGUCCAUGAGAUUAAAUAGGGACGAGCAGAAAAUGGUUGAACUACGAAAGGAGCUAAAACCUCGAACUUACAGAAUCAAGGCAAGACAAGCUGUACAUGUUGGUGCCUUAAUGAGAUUAGACCUUAAUCACGCAUCCGUGGAUACAAUCUAUGUGACGGUUUGGGCCUCACCAAAUGUCUCUCUACAUAUGGGAAAGAUAGAGAAUGCUGAUGAGAUCUUGAGCAAGCAUGCUGGUGUCAGAUUGCAGCCUCCAAUUGACGUAGAGCGAGUUUCUGAACUGGGCAAAUGGGAAGGGAGGGAAAUAAAGGUGUCCGGAACAAGUUGGGAUGUGAACAGCAUCGAUAUAUCAGCAGCCGGCUUAGGUUGGUUUUCUUUGGGUCUAAAAGGUGAAGCGACUUUGACAUUGUGGAUAUACGACGGGAUAGAGGUAUCUCUACGAGACCCUUUAGUACUUGAUCGGGCCCGAAUUAUUGAGAGACCCGGUUUUUGGCUACCGAAGGCUAUAUCAGACGCCCUCGGCAAUCAAUCUAAGAUGGAAGCUCAAAAAAAGAACGAGCUUCAAGAGACAAUGUCCUUAUGAUCUGCGUGGACAAAUGAAGGUGGCGAUGAUCGUAUGGCAUCAGGAUAUCAAAGACCUGAGUAAAUGAGCCAUGAAUCUCCAAUUCAUGCCGGCCCCAUAUUUGGCUGAUUUUUCUAAUUGGAUCCCUCAGUGGCAGAGGUUGUAGUGUAAAGUUCGGGGGUAUUUGCGUCUUUUCGCCUCUAUUGUGGUGGGCCUCUGGUACUGUUCUGCCAAUUUCCAAAUCACUAAUAUGGGUUUUCGGACUUUCCCACUAUUCCGUUUGUGUCCCUAAAAAAGGUACGCUAUUUUGUCUUUAUCCGUCCGGUAUUCCAGGAUUUGUUCAGGGCAUUUCUGUCUUUUUAUCUUCCCACCUCUGACAGUUCACGCGUAUUCUGCAAACGUACUGUGUAAGUGUGUGGUUCGCUCUCUCUCUCUCUCUCUCUCUUCUUGCGAGAGAGAGAGAGAGAGAGAGAGAGAGAGAGAGAGAGAGAGAGAGAAGAUGGAGACACAGAGUAUUCCACUUGAUUCUUAUUCCGUCGUUAAAAAUCUCAGAGCUUCCAUUGAGCUUCGUUGAAUCAGGUUUGUUUUUACUUUCAGACGUGUUUUCUUUGCUUUCGUCUAAGCUAUUUUCCCGUUCUCUCUCUUGGUUUUCCCGUCAAUCGAUACGGCCUGGCCUCAUCUCCCGUUCGGAUCAUUUCGAUAGGCAGGUAGGGUUUGGGUUUUCAUCUUUUUAGUUUGAUUUAGGUCAAAUCUGUGUUUUUUGGGAGGCUCUCUCCCUCUCUUUAUUGGAUCUCGGUCGAAUCCACACGGAUGAAUAGCUACGUCUUUGUGUAUCUCUUGAACUCUUGUUUUUCCUCCUGUAUAAUUGUCUGGCGUGUGUCUUGAUUUCCGCAUUUGUUAUGGUGUUUAGAUGUUUCCGUUGGGUUCUUUUGGUCCUCAUUUUGGUUUAUUCCCUGUUGAUUUUGUGCUGCAUGUGUUGUUUUAGCACUUAUGUGGGUUCGAUUUUGUGUUGUACCUGGUUUUUUAAGCUCCUGAAUAUAGAGGGGUUUUUGGGAAUCGCUGUUUUCCUCGCUUUAUGUGUUGUUUUACCACUUAUGUAAGCUCAAGUUUGUGUUCUAUCUGGUGUUUUAAAAUCCAAAAAAUAUGUUUCAUAAGCAGAGAGAGAAUGAACUUUUGUAAGGGUAGUUGGCUUCUUUGCAAAAUUGUGACAAGAUUAAUAAAGAAAAUUAUUUUAGGUUCAUCAAUAGCCCUUUGUGUAUAUGUUUGUGUGUGGAUCCAGUUUGUGGAAUCCCUUGGUUUAGAUAAAAGAAGAUGUUGGGUAUGCUUUCACUAAUUUGCACAAUUUUCCUUGUUUUUUGCAAAUGUGCUCCUGGUGUAUCAUGUAUGUAUACAAGCUCAUCUUAUGAGCCAACUCUUUCUUUGUUGGUGUAAGUUUGUAGAUUUAUACAAUGGCAACAGUAUUGUUGACACCUUUUGUUCGUUUGCAUUUCGACCUAAGAGCUGGAAUGCUUUUCGUAGAGACCUCUGGUGAUCGAUUAGAAACUGUUGCUCAAUCUUGGAGCAUGGUCAGUCGUGACCUCGAUGAAGCAUGUCCUAGGUUUAUUGCUAAGCAAACUGGAAUAAUAGAUGUGAGAACUGUUUUGAGAUGGACUUCUGAAAAUGGACUUCGUGCAUGGCUUGAUAGGAUUAUUUACUCUUCGUUCUUAUACUUGGCUCAAGAUAGUAAAUGAUCUUUUAAUUUAUGCCAAUUUAAUUCCCACUUUUUCAAAUGAUGUUAUUUCUGGACAUUUAAAUUUCUUUGCUGAUGAGUAGUUCCUACUUCUUUGGGUGUAGAUGAUGAAGCUUGUGCGGUUUGUCUUUAGUUGAUUUUGUGUUUCCCAAUUUAUAUGGGCAAUGUCAGAGGCAUAGUUCCUGAAUUAGUCAAGUUCUCUUGGUUGUCUAAGGCUCUAAGCCAAGCCUUGGGUUUCAACUCAAUGUAGGGAGAUUUGAUCACCAUGAAGUUAGCUUAAAGCUUUGGCUAUAGUAUCAGAUAUUCCAAUCUUUACGGAUUCCAAGCAUGAUGCCCUUAGUUUGAGAUACUGCUACCAUGAUCCGCAUGCAUCGUGAUGGAAGUAAUGGGUCGUCGUUAGUCUUAAGGACACAUUCAUGCCGUGUCAUUAACUAUACCCGGAUCAAAUAUUUCAAGCCUGCUUCCAUGGAAACUUAUUUCUGAUGGUGCAACCUCUUUUUUAUGUUGAUGAUAUUGUGCAGUUCAAGUACUUUGACAUUGGGCAACUCAUUCACAUUAUGUUGCGAUUUCUGUGCUUAAAAGUUUAUUUAUUGGACUAAUAACUGUAUCGUGCAAUUUAUCACACCAUAGAAAGUACUGAGUGAAGCAGGAUAUGUGCCUUCAAACAUUGAGAGGUAUCCUAUUGGAGGUCUUAUUUCUGAUAUUCAAAAUGCCUUGCAUGCUACAUCUUCGCUGUCUUCCAUAGUUGAGGGGGUCUCCAGAUAUGCUUCUGUAAAGAUUUCAAGCUAUGAUUUCUUUGGUGCUUUAGCCUAUUAGUCUUGUAUUUGAAACUAAACCAGUAAAAGAUGUUCGUGUGCGUGCUUGUAGUGAGCCUGUUUUUUGGGAUAAAUCCUUGAAUACUCUAUCCGCUAGGUGCCCUGGCAUAGUAAUCUAUUUUGGCACACAAUCCAUCUUGUACAUUUCAAAAUAAAUAUCUAUUCUAAUUAACUCUAGGGAAAAAAGGAAAAAGUAACGACAGCGCAUAUGAUCAUUUUGAGUGACCAAUCCAAGUGAAAACCCUUGAAUCUAGCAGGGUUUUCUCUCUAAAUUCUUUCUGAUAAAAUCCGAGUGAAACACCCUGAUAAUUGGUUGAAACCAGAUUGUCUUAUCCGAUACACAAUGUUUCUCGAUGAUGCUUGUACAGUCGUUUGUUAUAAGGUUUUCCUAUAUACUUAUUUGUCAGGUUUCCUUUCCAUGGAAACACCCUAUAAUGCCUGUUUUAAUUAGGACCUAUCUAAAUCUCUAUAUACAGUUGCAUGGUGUAUAUUCCAUUCAUCUAUAUGCAAGGCAUUGAUCUUUUAUUGUCGGGGGUAAUUUUUAUCUUCUCUUUGUACGUAUUCCAAUCUCACAUGAUGCGUGUCUUCAAAUUUUAUGGGCUUCUAGGCCUCUUUGAUGCUUGGUCUUAAUUUUUCCUACCUGGGGUUUUAGACCAACAGAUGUGGGCUUUGUCCCUAUGGGUUUUCCGUGUUUGGUUUCUUACCAAACUUGGGGAUUGGGUCUUGGAUGGACAUAUGAUAACUCUUAGCGAUGUAGAAUCUUUGGAUCUCGGGCUAGGAAUUUGAUGUCUUCAUUUCUUAUUCCUAUUAAUCUUUAUAGUAUUUUCAGAGAUUAACGAAAUUUUUUCACCUUUCAAAAUAAAAAUGUUGUUUGUACUUGUUUUGACCUCAUCUCCCGUCUUAACCUGGUACAAAGUAGUAACAUUUUGCGCAUGUUUAAGUAUCUUUUUUUUUUUUUUUUGAUCCGCGUUUAAGUAUCUAUUUUCAAUUUUCACUAGCCCCCUAAUAAUCGUUUUGUCAAAGUCUAAAAUUAUUUUCAUCAAGUCCUGUCCGAUACUUUAGUUCAGUUUAGUUUGCUCUAAGUUAUUCCCUUUCUUGCAGGUCUUAAAAAUGGUGAUGCCACAUUCCCAUGGUUACCUCAGCAUGAAGCUCUCCAAGACAGCAGUGGGCCUGAAGCAUUGCUUGACCAAAUGAUACCCGAAAGAUAAACUCCUUCAGACCUUAUAAAACAACGGGCUUAUUAAGGCAAUGCAAAUGGUGUACAAAUGAACAAUGUGUGUUACUGAAAAGAUUUCUGUUAAGAAAAAAGUGAAAAAGACCCAUCUUUCAUGCCAAGUGUGAACAUGACCUUGAAUAACUGGAAGAAUUCUGCUUGACGUAUACACUGAAACACCCAACAACAGGGUGUACGCAUUGGAUUACAAACUUCUGUCUUCAGAAAAUCAAUUUUUGCAACUUAACUGUAGCUUCUAACAUUUAUUGCAUAUCCAUUUGCCAAUAACCAUACCAUCCUUAAAAAACAAGGGGUACUCACUUAGACGUCAUGUCACC